AUGGUCAGGUCAUCUCGAGAGAAGGCCAAUCUACCGCCAAUCGCGGAUCCAGCCCUUCGUGCCUAUCCAAAUCCAGUUCCCAACCCGCUGGUGCGAUGGGUGAAGCGCAAAAAGCUGGAACACUACCGACUGCCUGAUUCACCGUCAGCCUCCUACGUGCGACUUGGGCUCCGGCCUGAGUUGCUGCUUCGGUGGCCGGCCACGCUGAGGGAUACUGUUCAAUACAACAACCCGUUUAUCAGGAAGGAAGAGGCAGUUGGAGGUGUGGAAGAGAAUUCGCUAGCUUCAAAUAAUGGCAUGCCACAUUCUGGGGCUGCCGCCAAUGAUGCUGCAUCGCUACAGGGCCCAGGCUCCCCAGGCAUGCAGGGGGCUUCUUCUGUGGUCGUAGCGGCGGCUGAUGACCUGUUCGCCACGCCCCUUUCACCACCACAGGCGCCUGACGAGGCGGACCCGCCCAAUGACGCGCCCCCCAGCAUCGCCAAACAGGCGCCAAAGCAUGGCAAGAGCAAAACCGCCCUGACACCGAAGUGCUCCGCAGACGAACCCCGAAGCCGGCUGCACAGUCCAGCCCACCGGCAACCACGUCAAGCCAAAUCUAUCCUGAAACCUGAUCCAUCUUCCGGUAUCAGAAAGAGCAAUCCAAAAUCAUCCGCCGCAAAGGGCAGACCCAAGAGUGUCACCGUCAGACUUGAGCCUGAAGUCCAGCACUUCAUCGACGAUUCUCCUUGGCCCCGUAAUUCCGACGCAGAGAAUGAUCCUCCCUCUCCCUCUUGCGACGGAGGCUCUAUAACUGGCAACUUUAGCGGCGACGAAACCGACGACGAGGACGAAUUCGAGAUGUCGGACGCGGCUCUCCCUCCCCCUGACAAGGCAAAGCGCCCGUCCCUGAAACUCAAGUUUCCCAGCAAACCUGCCAUCCCUCAAGCUGGAGCAGGGCAGCCUGCGGCGGUGCAGACCCCAACGCCCCAGAGCGCAGUCAGGACGCCGUCCAUCAAGCUCAAACUCCCAGGCACGAGCACGCCUCGAACUGGUCCUGAAGAGUCCGCAAAGCUAAAGAAAAAGAAAAAGAACACAGAUACUGCCGCCGAAACCCCGGGUUCGUCCUCCAAGAAACGCAAACGCGAAGCACGGCCUGGGGAAGACGAUGAUGAAGGAAAUCGACCAGCACCAGCGCCUCCCAAGCCCGCCGCGUUUCGAAAACUCACGUUCAAGAAAUCCCAAGCUACUCCUGCAUCUGCACCCAAACCCUCGGGGACAGCGCACCUGGCCUUCAAAAUCAAGGGCAAGAUCCCCAAACGAUCAUUGGGAGUGGGCUAUGAUUCCGAACUCGAGACGGAAUAUCAGAAUGAUAAGGGCGAGACAUUGGUUGGUCGUGAGGUCGAUCCAGUCAUCCACGAAGGCUUUGUUCUACGAAUGCAACCUGGCGAGGAUUGUGAUUACUUGCGCAAAGCGAUCGAGGAUGGGACGGCGGGUCAGGUACUGGCAAGAGGUGCACACGUCAAUCUCAGAAUGCUCGAUACGCUGGGUAGAAGAGGUAUCCUCCAGAUCAAGGACCACAAGUACGCCACCACCCUGGUUGAUCUCCCAUGCAUUAUCGAAGGAAUGAAAUCAUGGGAUAAGAAAGGGUGGAUCAAGAGCAUCGACAUCUGCCAGAUGCUUUUGGUGCUUGGCCGCUGCAACAACGAAGAGGAAGCCCGGAACUAUCCUCUUCCCGAAGACGUUGACCCCAAGACUUAUCAGUACGCCCAUGGCCUCACUGCGCCCAUGAAAUGGGUCCGAAAGAGAAGAUUUGCGAGAACAAAACGAGCACGAGUGGAUGACAUUGAGGCGGUUGAGCGGCGAGUCCACGCUCUCCUCGAGGCAGACAAGGCGGCUCUUAGCUCCAAGUAUCAACUUCUGGACCAUGAUCCGCGCCUCGAUGAACAAGGAUACAGCACUGAACUGGAAGAAGACGAAGAUGCCGAGGCCGAGCCAGAGGAUUAUUUCGACAUAGCACCCGGUGUGCAUGGUUCCAUGGUCGAAACACCAAUGCUCACCGAAACUCCUGUGCAGGAGGAAGUUGGACAAGAUGAUCUCGACGCCCUCGAGCGCAUGUUCUUUGACGAGGAUGCCGCACCUUCUACCGACACGGCCGGACAAGCUCGAAAUACCUUGCACCCGCCUGAAGCGGGCAUCGACUCAUCAUUCGCAGUGACUAGUACGUCAGCCUCCCCCUCUAUGACGGCCGCGCACACCCCCAUCUCUGCAGAAGCUGCAGAAGCUUCUUCUGACGAAGACGAGGACGAGGAUGCGGGAGAUGACGAUGAAGACCGAGACGAUGCCGAGAAAGAGGGUGAUGAGAAUAAACGUCAAGUCAUGGAGAGGAUUGAGGAUAUGCAGAACAAGAUUGCGGAGCAGAGAGAGCUGCUCAAGAAGACAACGAAUGCCAUCUUGAAGAAGAAGCUGGCGAGAAAGAUUCAAGAUCUGGAGGACGAUGUUGCUAUGAUGAGGAAGAAUGCCGGCCUGGGUGGAGAUGACGAUGAGGACUGA